GCUGGCUUCCUGAAGAGCCACCACUGUUACGAGAUCGUCUUCAUCAUCCCUGAUUGCGCCACACUGGGCAAAGAGCUCUCCAGUCUUCCUUCCUCCUCUCCGACCCGAAGGUCCUCCAGCCUCCGGGUCCAUCGUAUUAACUCCACGAUGGAGGGAGGAGUGAAAGUAACCUGCGAGUACAGGACUCACCAGGAGGGAGUGCUGCAAGAGGAGAUCACUCUGGUAACCAGAGGGAAAAGGGACAGCAGUCUGAAGGUCAGACUCCAGGCCAGGGUUAUUGACCCACAUCAUGGGACUCCCAUGCUGCUGGAGGGGGUGAGGUGCCUGGGUGCACAGAAAGAUGCCCACACAAAGCACAGCAGCGACCGUAAGAGGAUAUGAUCAAAAUAUCUAAUGUGUGUAUACAUAUAUAUCUACAACAGUGCAGGGCCCAGAGUGGUAGUAUGGAAACAGCAGAAUGUGUUCCCCUAAUUGGAAACAGCUUUAUUUGACUGGGAAAUAAUGGGUCUGUGGUGUUUGCUAUUAUGGUAUUCCAAAUGAUUUGUUGGAAAAUAACAGGUCAAUCAUUUUUCACAAUUUUCACAACAAUCAAAACUGCAGACUCCAGCCUAGCAUCACCAGACUAGAUCGCAGAUGUGUAGUAGUCUGGAACCUCUGAAUUCAUUUUGGAUUUCCGAGGAUUAUAUCAACAGAAGCAUGCAAAAAUACCUCUAGAUACAAUUGGAUUGGUACUUGGUCUGUUUUCAAGCUGUACACAUGACAGCCCUGUCACACAUUUUCUCUAAUUACCUAAACAGUACACUAAAAUGUCUUUGAAAAGAUAGAAAAUAAGCAAUGUAUGAACAGAAUUUUGAUUCAUACACUGUAAAACCAAAUAAGUUAAUUUAACUCAAAUGUUGAAACCGACUACAAGUACCUUAAGUAAUUUUAAGUGACAAAAAAUGAUACUGUGAAAACAAAAUACAGAGUAAAAAGUUAUUAAUUAGGAAUGUUUCCAAAACGUACAAAACUAAGUCACUGCUACUUAAAAUUACUAGCAAAAGCAGCUUAAUCAAGAAUCUUUUUAGACCUAAAAAAAUGAGUUUGUGUUACUUAAAAAUUCUGAUGUAAUCGGUUUCAGCAGUUUUUUGAGUUAAAUGAAUUUAACUGGUUUACAUUGUAUUUUAUCAGCACUGCCUACUUUGACAGUUUGAACUGAGUUUUGUGAGCCUUUGUGUUACCCUGGACGGACUUGCAGGCUGGACUGGAUUGGAUAGACCUACAACCAACCAGAGCAGCGAAAUUUGUGACCUGUGACUUCAAAUCUGGUCCGGUGACAAUCCUCUGUCAGACCUGCCCCAUAUUAGACAAAUGCUUGUGAUUGGCCGACCAAAUCCAGUACCAGUGGAAAUCUGUCUGAAUGGGAGGGGGGCCAAAUGCAUCUGCCAGAGCAAAUGAAACAUGAGCUCGCAGAUUCGUCUGCUAUCUAGGCUGAGGCUCUUCAGCAAGAAAGCUUAAAUACCAGCAGCCUGCAGCUCUGGGUGAGCAUUGGACAACUGCUGUCCAGUUUAGACAGCCAUUAAGCCUCUUUUGUUGGAGGUAGAGUAAACCAGCACUUAACACUAGCCAGUUAACACAUUACACACACACACACAAAGCCACUGCCUGGAAAAAUAGUCAAAUGAUCAGCAACACACGUAUAGUAGUAGACCAUAAAGGUACUGCAAAUAAAUAGAUUGUUAUCCAGGAAAACUCUAAUUUUGACUCAUACUAUUCUCUGUUCUUUAUCUAUGUGCACCUACAAUAAAAUCAUCAAAACACAGUAGAGUAUAUUGGAAUUCAAAAUAAGUCAAACCUUUCACAGAAGAGAAUUAGGGCCGUACUUGAAAAAGUAUUUGAGUUCUGCCCAGAUUAAAUGAAAAAUGACAUAUGGUACCUCUAUUUAACAAUGCAUGCCAAAAUAUUUACAACAAAAUUUAAUAUUAAAAUCCAGUCAUUUUUCUUCAUCUAAAACAAAAUGUGAACGUGAUUACGUAAGCAUGAACCAACCAAUUUCAAACAACAAUAUCAUGACAUCCACCUGUCAAUCAAUCUACUUUUUGCAACACAGACAGACACACAUACACAUGUGUAACACAGCUGGCACCAGUUAUUUUACUAAUUGCACCUUACACCGUACCAGUACCAUUCUCAUUGUACUAUUGAUAUAUCGUGUGAAGGAAACUGAUUCAACUUCAGUGAGGAGAGUUCAUCUGGGGUCACUAAAUCAAGUGCACCUUGGCAACAUUGGCACUGUUUGCAAUAAGAGUCUGUCUGUCAUCACACUUUACUAUGAGUAGCGAUAAAUGACAAAGAAGAGAUUAUGAGGAUUUCCCAUAACCACACUGUUGUAUGUUUCUUUGAGUGUAGUUGGCAAUUAAAACUGUAUAAUGUGGGACCAUUGCAUUGCCAAGUAUGAAAUAGCACGAUACAGUUAAAAUGUUUAACAUGUCAUCUUAAAAAAUCAGAAUGUGUUGUCCAAACACCAUCUUUUAAGACGAUGCGAUAUGAAUUCUUGACUGUUUGUGGUGCAGAACACAAUGUGAACUGAAAGAAAAAAUCUUUCUGAUUGCAGGAAACUGCAUUGUUAUCUCUUCUUCUUCUUCUUCUUCUUUUUCUUCUUCUUCAGAUCUUUUAUGACUAAGGAGUAGUCUGCAUUUUUGGUUUUGGACAAAAAUAUGUAUAUGCCUUAAGUAUCUUUUCUGUUGACAUCAGUGCAGCCUUCUUGAUGUGUAUUAUGACCGCUUACAUCAGCAAAUGAUACAAUAUGUCACAUGUAAGUUGUUUUAAAUAUUCUGUUAAUGCUAUAACAGAGAAAGAGAUGGGAGAGUUUUCCGCUCUAUUUGCAUGAUUUGUACUCUAUCCCAUGAAGUGUAACCAAAUUAACUUUCCUGACCAAAUAAUUAAGACAGGCCAAGUGAAUGAUGGUCCUUUGUGGCAGCAGAAAUAAAUGUUUGUUUGUUUGUUUGUUUGUUUGUUGCUAUACUGUAUUUAUUACAUUGCAAUGUCAGAAAAAGGGAAGUUUGGUACAAAAUGUUAGUUAUUAAUUAAACGACUAAUUUUUAACGACUGUGUAUUUUUGGUAGAUCAUCAGCCCAAUGCUAAUCUCUAUUAAGAGAUAUCUGCAUAGAUCCGCAUCAUAGUCAAGGGACCAAGACUAUGGUGUCAGAAAAUUGCCUAUUGUCCCCAGAGGCUAAAUCAUUAGCCGAUGGGUUCCAAGAUUAGCUCCAUGCUAACAUUUUAGCAUACUCUCUGUUGAGUAAUACUCCAUGCUAACCCUUUAGCACACAGUAAAUUAAGUUAUUGUUCAUGAAUCAUUCCUAAAACUCAGUUGUGAAGACUAAAAAUUGUACCUAUUUAUAAUUAACCUAUUAACAAUGUCUUGUAUUUUGUACUAAAUAUUGACAAUCAAGUGUAGUUUCCUGACAUGCAGUUAGCAGCUAGUUCAGUCAGUCUGCCCGUCAGUAACACUGGUGUGAGUUCAAGUAGCCUUUAUUAUCAUUUGGGAUCAGCAGUAUACCGAUGUUAUAAGACAGUCAAGGUUGACAGCUCAGUACGGGUUAUGAAUAUUCCAUCACCUUUGAACACUGAUGAUUAUUUUUGAACAUGUACAUUAGCAGUUUGCUAUUACAUAUAUACUUACUAAAUUGAUUCAAAGACCCCUGUUGGUCCCCUACCCCAGUUUGAAAAUCCCUGAUUUAGACCACUGACUAGCCGGGAGAUUUUUUAUCAGAAUCAGAAUCAGAAUCAGAAAUACUUUAAUAAUCCUGAUUAUUAAACGAUUAUUUUAGUGACUACUUACAUUUUUAUGUUACAAAUUACACACAAUUAGUAAUUUUCCUCAGAUUGUUUAACACUAGUGGCAGUUCAGUAAAGCUUAGUUGAGGCUAUUAGGAUUCAUAGGAACACUUUUACUCAACAAAAGUAGUGGAAAGUGUUGAAAUGGAGCUCUAACGCCCAUCAUCCACCAAAGACAUUAAUUUGACGAUACUUAAUUCAUUUCCUGUUUAAACACUGUUGAUUGUGGAUAUGCAGCCUGCAAUGUGUUGAUAUGUGCUGCUCUGUUGUCUGACUCUGACCUGCCACCACACAGUAUGUGUCCCCUUGUACUUCCAUCCAUGUCCAUCAGGACUGUAUAAUUUGUCUGUUUACCUGAAUGUAAAUAAAGUAUCAUCUCACGUGUACAAAGUCAUCAGUUGAAUUUAUAUUGCAU